AUGGACUCAAGCGAGCUCGAGCUGUACGCUCUCCAACUCGAUCAAGUUUCCACGGCACUCGAAAAGGAUCCUUCCAACCAGGACUUGGUGCAGCUCAAGUCCGAGCUCGAGAAUCUCAUAAGUCUCACACACUCACUCGCUGAGACCAAGCCUCAGACCAAAGCAGUUGCGGCGGAUGAAGUGUCUUCAUCGCAGCCUCGUGGCACAGGCAGCAUGGGCGGAGGCGGAGGUGGAGGGGAAAAGCGUGCGGACGCAGAUCCGGGGAGGGCGAGGUAUCGUGUGGGCCAGCAGGUGAUGGCAAGGUAUACUGCGGAUCGGAAGCUCUACCCGGCUGUGGUGGAGGCUGUGAGGGGAGGGGACAUGUACACGGUCAAGUACACGGGCUAUGGCAACCAAGAGGUGUUGGCGGCGAGUGAGUUGAAGCCGAACACCUCGAGCACCUCCUUACCACCGCCGCCGCCUCAACCGGACCUUGCUUCAACACCAUCUUCCCAACCUCCCCCGCCCCCGUUGACAGCAUCACACCCGUCACCACCACUACCACCGCCCUCAUCCACCUCCACGCCGCCCCCUCCCCCUCCACCCACAUCCCUCACACAAGCCCCUCCACCCCCUCCCUCCUCCAGCAGCACACAUCCCGCACCACCACCACCACCGCCAUCACCGCCACUGCCGGCCGCUCCACCCCUGCCGAUGGACGAACGUGCCCUCCGCAAGCACCGCAACGAGAAAAAGCUCGUCCGCCGAGAACACAAGUCGCAGCUGCAACAGGACAAAGCCGCCUCGUGGCAGAAGUUCGCCAGCAAAGCCACCCAGAACAAAACACUCAAGAAGUCCAUCUUCGGCACCAGCGACGACCCGUAUGCGAAAGUCGGGGUGUCCAAGAGCAGCUUUCCGAAACCCAGUUGA